UAAAUCCGUCAUUACAUUGAAGAAGCAAAACCCUAAUCCUAUAUUCCGACAUAUAAAUCGGCUCGCCUCUUUCAUUUCUCCUUGCAUUAAGGAAGAAGUGGUCAAAUAGCUUCCUCGUCGACCUCUCAGGUCACUAUCUUGAGUUGUAAGCAUGGCAGAUGGAUCUAAGCGUCCAUCAGUGUUUCAAAAAGUGCAUGGCCAGUCCUAUUUAAUUUCCAGGCUUUCUCCUAACUUGCCUGCCAGUAAUUAUAACGUGACCGGUGCGUAUGUCAAUGGAGGAAUUCAUGUUGCUUUACAGCAAUCACGUCAAUCCACCGGGUUGGCAUAUUUGUCCCCUGUUUCUCCCAUAUUUGUACAAGCUCCGGCCGAGAAAGGUUUUUCCGGUUUUAUGGUGGAUUUCCUCAUGGGAGGAGUUUCUGCAGCUGUUUCCAAGACAGCAGCUGCUCCAAUCGAACGGGUUAAACUUCUAAUCCAAAACCAGGAUGAAAUGAUCAAAUCCGGGCGGUUGUCUGAACCAUAUAAGGGAAUUGCUGACUGCUUUGCCAGGACUAUGAAAGAUGAAGGUGUCCUUGCUCUCUGGAGAGGCAACACUGCUAAUGUUCUUAGAUACUUCCCCACCCAGGCUCUGAACUUUGCCUUCAAGGAUUAUUUCAAGAGGAUGUUCAACUUCAAGAAGGACAAAGAUGGCUACUGGAAAUGGUUUGCCGGGAACUUGGCAUCUGGUGGUGCUGCUGGUGCUUCAUCCCUUCUUUUUGUUUACUCCCUGGAUUAUGCUCGUACACGUUUGGCUAAUGAUAAUAAGGCUGCUAAAAAGGGUGGUCAGAGGCAGUUUAAUGGUUUAGUUGACGUCUACAAGAAGACCAUCCAAUCUGAUGGUAUUGCUGGUCUUUACCGGGGAUUCAAUAUCUCAUGUGUUGGUAUUAUUGUCUAUCGUGGGCUCUACUUUGGUAUGUACGAUUCUCUGAAGCCCGUUGUUUUGGUUGGUGGAUUGCAGGAUAGUUUCUUGGCAAGUUUCUUACUGGGUUGGGGUAUCACGAUAGGUGCGGGACUGGCGUCUUAUCCAAUUGAUACGGUCCGUAGAAGAAUGAUGAUGACCUCGGGAGAAGCAGUCAAAUACAAGAGCUCGUUGGAUGCGUUCUCCCAAAUCAUCAAGAAUGAAGGUACAAAAUCACUGUUCAAGGGUGCUGGUGCAAAUAUUCUCCGUGCAGUCGCAGGUGCUGGUGUGCUUGCUGGCUAUGACAAGCUGCAAGUCAUCUUCCUUGGCAAGAAAUAUGGAUCUGGCGGUGGAGGUUAAUAUUAUCAUCAUAUAGCGGUGGAAGGUGAUAUACCGGUGCUGCCUUAAUGAAAGAUUUAGGUUCCCAAAUUCGAAUAAUUUUGGAAGGGCAUACUGCCAUUGAUAGUUCCAGUAAAUUAGGGAUUGAAUAUGAAAAAGUUGGUGACGAAAAAAA